UCACUUCCGGUUCCUAUGAUGACUGAAGGAGAGGGGGGGAAUCAGCUGACUGUGGAAUUCCAGUGAGGUAGAGGUCCAGCGCUGACUUCAUGGAUUUCUGGGCGGAAAAGUCACGUGUACAAACCGGCACUGACUGCCAUGGACACGAAAACCAAACAAAUUCGCACUAUCCACCAGAGACCAAACUCAGGAAGUGCUUGUGGGGCAUGGCGAGACACAGCUCUCACAGGCUUCAAUGAUGUCGCAUCUGCUGGGGAACGCUCACUUUCUCCUGCCGGGAGCUUACAUAACGGAAGCACGGGGAAAGUCUGCAGGUCCAUGGCAUCUAAAACUCCUGUUGGAUUCGUCGGACUUGGGAACAUGGGCAGUCCGAUGGCAAAAAAUCUUUUGAAGCAUGGUUACCCAGUUAUUGCAUAUGAUGUCUUUCCCGAAGCGUGCAAAGAUGUUCAAGACACUGGUGCACAGAUUGUGGAUUCACCAUCUGAUGUAGCAGACAAGGCUGAUCGAAUUAUCACCAUGCUGCCAUCAAGCUUGAAUGCAAUUGAUGUCUACACAGGAGCAAAUGGGAUCUUGAAGAAAGUAAAAAAGGGAUCUUUACUGAUCGAUUCCAGCACCAUUGACCCAGCAGUGUCAAAAGAAUUAGCAAAAGCAGUUGAAAAAAUGGGAGCUGUGUUUAUGGAUGCACCUGUGUCUGGUGGUGUUGGUGCAGCCAGAUCUGGAAACCUUACAUUUAUGGUUGGUGGGGUCGAACAAGAAUUUGAUGCAGCUAAAGAGCUUUUGACGUGUAUGGGCGCCAACGUGAUCUACUGUGGAGAAGUUGGAACAGGACAGGCAGCAAAAAUUUGCAACAACAUGCUUCUCGCUAUUAGCAUGAUAGGUACAGCAGAAACCAUGAACCUUGGAAUCAGAUUAGGACUUGACCCAAAACUGUUGGCCAAAAUCCUGAACAUGAGCUCUGGACGUUGCUGGUCAAGCGAUACCUAUAAUCCUGUUCCUGGGGUGAUGGAAGGCGUUCCCUCAGCCAAUAAUUACCAGGGUGGAUUUGGAACAACUCUUAUGGCAAAGGAUCUGGGUUUAGCCCAAGACUCUGCCACAAACACAAAGAGUCCAACUCCGCUAGGAUCCCUUUCACAUCAGGUAUACAGACUAAUGUGCGCCAAGGGCUAUGCCCAGAAGGACUUCUCCUCCGUCUUCCAAUUUUUACGUGAAGAAGAAAAUGUGUGAGCGAAGCUGAUAAAGAAACUUUUUUUGGUAGAAAAAGAACUGGUAAAAGUAUAAGGUAUAUGGCAAAGUGUAAUCAUUUGAAUGGAAAAAAAUCUUUGCAGAAGUGAUGUCUUGAACACAGCAAUCCCGUUGUUGAAUACUGUCUCAGUGGUCAAAGUGCAUAGGCAAUUUAUUCAAUUGCUGUACAGUAAGGUUACAAAACCUGCCCUAAUGUCUACUCACUCGUUGCUCAGCAUUUAGAGUACUAAACCUUGAAUCACAGUAGGGUUUUACUUUUUUUUUUAUACAACUGUCAAUGCAUUACGUUAUACUAGGAAAAGUAUGCCUGUGACCUCAUAUAUGUCUGUUACUGUAUGUUUUACCAGAUGGUGGUAUUAAGGACUUUUCUGAAAAAAAUUAUCAUGGUUUCCUUUAAUAAACAAAUAUAACAACCUG